CCUGUUUCUAUUUUUUUUUUUUCAUCACCUUUUUUUUUUCUCUAACUAAAAUUUAUUAUUAAUAUGUCUGAACACGACGACGACCUUUUGCCUUCUCAAACUGCUGGUUAUACUCCCGGUCAAAAGAAGUCUUUGGCCGAAUACAACAGCUUGGAUGCUCAAGAUGAAUCCUUGAAGAAAUGGAAAGAAUCCCUUGGUUUGGGUGGUCAAUCAGCUGUGCCUGCACCAAGUGAUGAUCCUCGUAGAGUCGUGGUGGAACAAAUUGCUUUGGAAGUUGCUGGUCGUGACGAUGUUGUUGUUGAUUUAUCCUCUCCAGAUGCUUUGGAAAAAGCCAAGUCUACACCUUUUACCAUUAAGGAAGGUGUGGAGUACCGUAUGAAAGUGAAAUUCAGAGUGCAACAUGAUGUCGUCUCUGGUUUGAAAUAUUUGCAAGUUGUCAAGCGUAAAGGUAUUCGAGUUGACAAGACCGAAGAAAUGAUCGGAAGUUAUGGUCCUCAAGCCAAUGCACAUGAAAAGAAGUUCUUGCCUGAAGAAGCUCCCUCUGGUAUGAUUGCUCGUGGUCGUUAUGAAGCCAAGAGUAAAUUCGUUGAUGAUGACAAUGUUACUCAUAUGGAAUGGUCUUGGACUUUUGAUAUCAAGAAGGAUUGGUAGAUUAGUUAGUUAGUUAUUUCACAAUUUAGUAUAGCGUUAUGAUGAGGAUGGCUAUGUAGUUAUCAUGUUUACGUUUUUCCCCAUUUUAUUUUGCAAUAUAUUUUAUAUAUAUAUAUUUAUAUAUAUAAUAUUCAUUUACAAACAUAUUCUUGUCUACAAUUGAACAAUCUAUCCUUUUUUUUUCGAUAUUGUCAAUAAAAAGUUUACCUCUUUUUACAAGUAUCAA